AUGAGUCGGAACUUCUACAGGGAGACAGCCGGCCAGCAAUACAUCAUGUCAGAAGAGUCAGGCUCCAAGAUAACUCCUGCCUUCGUGUCCAUCGUGCUGAUGGGGCCCAGCCCCCAAGGUCAAGCGCCCACCCCUGCUCUGCCAGGCCGGUGGUGGCUGUGUCUCUUCCUGGGUCCCGUCUCAGCACCGCCCUCCCCUGUCUUCCAGGCUUUGGGAACCAUCACUGCAGUGCCUGUCACAGGUCCUCAGGUCAGCUCCUUGCAGAGGUUGGCCGGGCAAGGAGCGGCAGUGCUACCUCAGGUUAGGCCAAAGACUCUGAUUCCAGACAGCCUCCCGGUCACCCCGGGCCGGGAUCUGCCACCCAAGCAGCCCCCAACAUUCCAGAAGGCCACCGUGGUCAGUAUCAAGAACCCCAGCCCAGCCCUCCCCACCGCCAACAACACCGUGAGCCAUGUGCCAACGCCUGGCAGCCAGCCCCAGGCCCUCUCCGAGCCCGCUGCCAUCACCUCUUCUCUGAGCAGUGCCGGGGUGGCCUAUGCCAUCAUCUCCACCGCCCCCAGCAAUGCCGCCGCCAUCGCCCCCAGCACCGCCGUGUCUGUGGUCAGCGACAGCAUCAAAGUGCAGCCUCUUCUCAUCAGCGCCGACAACAAGAGGAAGCGGCUGGCAUCCAACUAUCUCAACACCCCCCUGUUCCUCACAGCACGAGAAAUCCAGAGCAAGCGCCAAGAGCGGAAGAGAAGGAGCACAGCCAACCCCGCCUACAGUGGCCUCCUGGAGCCGGAGGCAUGUUGCCCAGCCACAGAACCCCAGCCACACUGGGCCUUGUGGACUCCAGUCCUGAUUGGCGCUCCUCCUGUGCCCACUAACAUGUCUCCACCCUUCUUCCCUGUGCUAGCCAAUGAGGACCCCUGCUGGAAGAACGAGAUCACCCACGAUGAGCACUGUGCUGCCUGCAAGCGAGGAGCCAACCUGCAGCUGUGCGGCACCUGCCCGGGGGCCUACCACCUCAGCUGCCUGGACCCGCCCCUGAAGACAGCGCCCAAGGGCGUGUGGGUGUGCCCCAAGUGCCAGCAGAAGGCCUUAAAGAAAGACGAAGGUGUGCCCUGGACCGGGAUGCUGGCCAUUGUGCACUCCUACGUCACCCACAAGACAGUCAAAGAAGAGGAGAAGCAGAAGCUGCUACAGAGAGGCAGCGAGCUGCAGAGCGAGCGCCAGCAGCUGGAGGAGCGGGACCGGCGCCUGGCCUCGGCGGUCAAGAAAUGCCUGGAGCUUAAGACGAGCCUGCUGGCCCGGCAGAGGGGCACCCAGUCGUCCUUGGACCGCCUGCGGACCCUCCUGAGACUGAUACAGGGCGAGCAGAUGCUCCAGGUCACCAUGACGACCACCAGCCCCGCCCCGAUGCUGGCUGGGCCCUGGACCAAGCCCUCUGCAGCAGCCAUGCACUCUGCCCUCCAGCAUCCCCAGGGGCACAACUGACCCCGAGGGACCCGUCCUCACACCCACGGAAGCCACUGGGACCCUGCUCACAAGACCUGAGGGUUCUGUCAGCCUUAAUUCAUAAACGCUAUGAAUUUCAGACAAGUAUAAAACCAGAAAGAGAGCGAGACAGAGGACAGAAGGGAGAAGCAGCUGGGUGAGAGUCCUGAUCCUGGAGGCCGGACAGGUGGAGACACAGCCCUAAACCCUUUGCGUUCAGACAGGACACCCGGAAGCCAGGUGGGGCCCACAGUCGGCCUGGCUGUGCUGGGACUGCCCAGGCCUCCCGCUUCCGGCACAGCGUCCCCACGGCCUCGUGUGGAGGGGCCGGGGCCCCCCAGCUGCAGGCCACUGCCUGUCCAGUGUCCUGCGGGGAGGGAGCCGAGAACCCAGACGUAGCUGAGUAGAACAGUUAGUUGGGACAGAAGUGGGUAGCGAAUCUAGGUAGGACUCCGACGUCCCUCCCUCACAGGGGCCCACCCCUGGGCCUGGGCCCUCCCAGCGCCUUCCCAGAAUGCCCGGGCCCCUGUCUGUCAGUAUUAUUAGCGUUAAGGAUCACAGCUGUCUAACUUGAAACUGAGCGACGUGCGUUCCAAGGGGACGCUGCCGUGUACGCCUGCCAGGGCCUCCGUCCCCGUCCCCAGCGUUUCGGGGUGCCCUCACCGCCAUGCGCCUCCUUCCUCCUGCUGAUCCUUUGGACUCUGCUAUCAUGUAUUUUUCUCAUGGAGUUUUUGGGCAAGAGGGAGCUGCAAGCAUGCAGGGAGGCAUUUGGCAGCUUUUCUAUUUUGGGUUGAAUCCUUCAACUUUCGACUGAAGCCUUUUAUUUUCUCCUUUCGAAGAGCCGAUAAAGCAUUCCAUUCCUCUUUUCUUGCCAGUACAGACACUAUGCCAAAAAAUAACUUUACAUUUUUAUAUGGCGUUUUUAUUGUAAGAUAUUUAAUGUGAAGGGGGGGGACACUCGCUGACUUCUUUUUCUGCUCACAGUGGUCUCUGCUGCACGGUACGAAUGGGAAACCCAUCCUGGGGGACUGCCAGACUGGAGACAUCCAGGGGGGUGUUUAAGAAGUGGGGUGAGGGUGGGGGAGGGAGAGAGGGCGGUGGCCUCAGGAGGGUUCGGCUUUGGAGACUCGAGCCCCUCUUUGUGCUGGCUCCUUGAGAGCUGAGGGUACGCUCGCUGCCUUAAAAGGGCUCCCGCGUCCCGGGGUGGGUCGUGCCAGCUCUCACCAGCCCCGACGGACUUAGCACAACACGUGAGCGCCCAGGAGCCACAGGGCUCCCGCCCCCAGCAUAUCACACGGUGCCGAAUUGCAUUGAACACACACUGUGCGUGUGCGCACACGGCCCCAGACAUGCACGCACACACGCAUGCAGACAGGUGCAGGGCAGGGAGGCUGGCCAGAAUCCCACAGACCCACACGGUCCCUCCUGCCAUUGUCACGACUCCGGGAGAAACUGUGCUGUACGAUACAGAUCUAUUUUAAUACACAACACUGGGUUGAACAAGAUUUUUAUAUUCUUUUAUUGAUGAACAAAGUGAGCUGUGAGACACACGUCUUCUAUAUUGGUUACUGUAGACGCCAAUUAUGCGUUACCGCGUGGCUUGCGAUGUAAAUGUCUUCAGGUUUCCUUUUUGUUGGUUUGUUUUCUUCUUGGAUGGAUUGGGUUCCAUUUUUUAAAAAUGUAAUGGGAGGAUAUGAAAGGCUGGACCCGGGAGGGGUAGCUGCCGACGUGUCUUGAGACUUAGCUUUUUGGACCAAGGAGGCCCGUCGAGUGGAUAGUGAGGAUAGAGAACAGUGUUCGUCUUGAAUAUGCCCGUGUAGUUUCCUUCUGUACGACGCAUUAAACUCGAUCGAUGGUUUCA